UUUGUAAGUACCUAAUUCCAACAGUGUAUUUUAGUGACAGAGAAACAAGAUGGAAUUUCCAGGAGUGCAUACUACAUGUAUGUGAUUUUUUUUCUUUUCAGACUGCAAGGGGGAAGAUGUAGACCUUACUCUUACCCUUCACAGAAACUAUUAAAAUAAUUAAAAAUGUGUGCUUGCCUUACAUGUACUUCAUGUGUGCUGGGUGACCUUACUUACUCCUGAUGUUUGAUAGACAACCAUUGUAUCCUUUAAGUGCAUUAUAUAUAUUAAGUAAUGGCAGCACAGAGAAGGGGAAGUGUCAAAACUGGCUUGAUAACCCUGUGCAAUAUGGCUGACUCUGUACAGAGUUGGUAUCACUGAGUCUUCUGCCUUCUUUCCGUUCUGUUAUCUGCGUAUUGCAAUUACGAGCAUUUUGCCAGUGAUGCUUCUUGUGUUUCUUUGUGUUUCUUAACAAAUGCUACUACUUGCAGGCAGUAGUUGGAUGGACAGAUUUAAUGCUUUUCCUAAAAGAAAGGCAUCUUCUCAAAUCAGUUCAUAUUCUAGUUGAGAAGAUAGGUAACAAUGGAAAUAUCAGUCUACAGAGAACCAGUUCUUUUGCCAAGAGCAACUUGUUGUGAUGGUUUCAAAAUAAUGCAGACUUUCUACAAAGCAUAGGAGUGUCAAGGGAAACCCCUCUUAGUCUUCUUUGAAUAUUGAGUAAUUAAAGGUGGUAUUUUUUUCAGUCACACUUCUCUUCUUAGAAAGACAGUAAUACAUUUAACAAAUGAUCGGGGCAGGGGGGAAACCAAGCAAAAAGAUGUCACUGAGUCCAGUAAGAGCAUAUAGGGGAGGUCGUUCCAACAACAAAUGAUCUACAGUGUGUAUAGUAGCGUGGUGUAAUGUUAGACAUCAUUGUGUAUCUAACACCUUUGAGAAACAUUCAGUAUUUGGAGAGCCUUUAUAUUUGCAAAAUGUGAAGGUUUCGAUGUUUUUACUCUCUAAGAGCUAUCCCAAGCACAUGAAUAUGUUCUUUGAAGUAAUAUAACAAUUUGUAGUAGUUACCUAGUAUUUCUAUUCAUUAUUCUUUUUCUCUGUGUUUUAGACAAUUUACUCAAUAUUUAGCUGGAUUGAGUUGGAUUAGUUUAUAUGCAGAGCCUGCUUUAUAAUAUAAAGAGGAUCGAUAAAAUCUUAAUGGAGUGAAUUGUGUUCUGGAAGCACUUCUGAUGUGUAUUGGUGAAUCUUGUAACUGUUAUUUUCAGUUACUUUCCAUACUUUUUAAUGUGCCAUACUUUUUUUUUUUUUAUGUGAAGCAGCAGCAAAACAAACAAAGCCAUCUUGUUUCUCUUCUUGUUUUGAUUCUGUAGUACAUCUUUAAUUAUAAAUUGUCUUGAAUUGGUGUCACUGUUGUAAUUCUGGUUGAGAAGCAAAAAGACAAGGUAGCUGUGAUCUGAAGUAAGAUCACUACUUUUAAACUGAAGUACUGGGUUUAUUUAGUAUUGUAAUUGAUGCUGAGAAUUACUGAUGGGCUUACACCCCUACACAGCAAUGAACAUGAUAGUGGUCAUCUAAUGCCUUAUAACUGCAGAAAUGGCCUGAAAAUGCAGUCUAAAAUUUUUAAGUGUGUGUUUGUAGGUAAUGGUAUCCACGCUCGCAGAUACUAUGAGUCUCUCAAAAGUUUUUUUUUUUAUAGAAGUCAUCUAAAUACUGUUUCUCUAUCUUUUUUUGCCAGAUAAGGAGACAAAGCAUGUUGAAGCCAUAUGGCAGCUUGACUAACUCACAUUAAAAGUCUUGGAAAAGAACAGCUGAACACAUAGAUGCUGAGUUUUGGACUUCUGCCUGUGGAGCUGGCCAGUCAUUCCUCUCACCAGCUAGCAGUGCUCUUCCCUUGAGCUUCAGAUGUUUAUGGCACCAGCUUCUGAUGCUACUGUUGCUUUUGAGUGUCUGUCGGAUUUCUUGGUUUUAGGGCUGUUCUUCACACUGCAGCACAGAAAUGGAAGUUCUGCAGUUUCAGGCUGAAGUAGUAGGCUGGAGCUUGCUGACUUGAAGGCUUCUCUGCUCUGAUUUUCCUUUGUGCUGUUUUCAGCCAGUGAGGGGAAGAUAGCGUUGUGUUUAAAAUGGAAGUUGACAUCAAUGGAGAGUCCAGAACUACCCUGUCCACCCUCCCUGUGCCUCUUGCAGAGGUGAGUCCUGCGGGCAGGAUGGAAGCAGAGAAGCCCCGCUGCUCCAGUACCCCCUGCUCACCGAUGCGACGGACAGUUGCGGGCUAUCAGAUCCUCCACAUGGAUUCUAACUACCUGGUUGGCUUCACGACCGGAGAGGAGCUGCUAAAGUUAGCCCAGAAGUGUACGGGAAGUGAAGAGAAUAAAGGGGAAUCUGGGCCAAACUUGUGCUCCAAACAGGUUGAUUCAGGACUUACCCGUUCCUCCCGUUUGUACAAAACUAGGAGUAGGUACUAUCAGCCAUAUGAGAUCCCAGCAGUAAAUGGAAGGAGGAGGAGACGGAUGCCCAGCUCAGGGGAUAAAUGCACUAAGGCUUUACCAUAUGAACCUUAUAAAGCACUUCAUGGUCCCCUGCCUCUUUGCCUUUUAAAAGGUAAAAGGGCUCAUUCAAAAUCCCUGGACUACCUCAAUUUAGACAAAAUGAGCAUUAAGGAACCUGCUGACACAGAAGUGCUACAAUACCAACUCCAACACCUUACCCUUAGAGGGGACCGUAUGUUUGCAAGAAAUAACACAUGAAUUAUCAUCUCAAGUUUAGAACAAAUUUCUGAUUAUUUCUCUGUUGCUGCAAAAAUCCACUGUUGUACUCUGUAUGUGGCCGUCCACAUUGUAGGUGGCUGUAUCACCUAAAUGAUAUUGGAAGGUAAUUUAUUUGAAUAGAAUUUUCGCAAUGCAAUGUGAUACAAAUACUUGGAGGGAGAAAUCUUUCCUGGGCAAGGAGCUUCUGAUGCAAAUUUGGCUGCAACUGGUGGAUAUUUCUCGGGACACCUUAUAACAAAAAAAGAAGCUUUUGAUUUUUGGCUUUGGGUUUGUUCGGGUUUUUUUUUUUGUACAGUUAGAUCUAGCAUUUACAGUAUUUUAACACUGAAAAAUUGGUGAUGUCUGCUUGGUUGUUGCUAAUUUUGGCUUGAUGUUAGAAACUGCUCUUGGAUAAGUAUUAAAGUUUAGGAGGUUUUCUGGUUUUAUUUUUUAUUUCUGUAUUCUACAGUAAAAUGUAUGUAUUAUUUUUUUACAUCAUGGAGAGGAAAGUGAGCUCGGCUAAACUGGAUCACUUGCUAUUUAGGGUUUUAUUAACCCUAAGUUUAUUUAACAUUUUCAAACUGUGCUUGCACUGGUGAUGAGGGGGAGAUUCACUCAUAAAACAAACCUUUGCUACUUGAAUCCUACUAAAUUAUUUUUUUAGUUUCUGCAUGGAAGUAAUUGCUUUGCCUCCUCUGUUCUGUAAAACUUGUUCAGGAUAAGUAUUUGGGUUAUUAAAAAUGAAUCUUUUGGGGAGUGAAGAUAUUUUUUGUUAGUGGGAUUUGCUUUUUACAUUGUCUUGACACAAACAAGGUUUCACUGCAGAUUCCAAUAAAUAGACUGGGAUGUGUGCAUUGGUAUGUUAGUAAUAUUUUUUAUUUUAAUUCAUUAUUUCUGUAUGUAUGGUAACAGAAGGUGAAAAAUAACUGUAGUAUUGCUUUGGAGAUUCAGUUGAUUUGAGGCACUGAACACUUGAGAUCUGGAUUUUUUUUUUUUUUUUUUUGAUGGAGUGCAAGUGAAGUAUUUCUGUAUCAGCAUUGAAGAGAUGAUCCUGGAUUAUUCAACAGAGUAGAUUGGAUACACUGGCUUACUUUUGUUACUUAAGAAUUUUUUAUCCAAACAUGGCAUCUAAUGCCGUUUUGACAGCUGUAUUCCUGGAUGUAGUCAAAACAUUUUAGUAACUUAUGUUUACAAAUGAAUAAUAGUUUUUAGACUUGGUUUUUUUUUUAGUUGCAAUCUUUUACUGAAGCAGCGUGUAACAUAGUUUUGGCUGAUGACCUCUGCAGAAGAAGUUAAAAAUAAGAUUACGUUGUUUUGAAACAUAAAUUAUUUGAUCAGUUGUUUCUGGUAGAAUUAAGAUUUUGUUUGUGUAUCAUUCAUGAUGAAUAGGAAGCACUAGUUAGUGCAUGCACUGUGGAAAAUGGAGUUCUCAUUCUGUCACUUACUCCACAGUUGUAAAUGAAGGCAGCCCAGUGGUCUGCAUUUUUUCUGGUUUGGUUAUCUUUUUUUAGUUUUAUUAGGAUCUUUGGAACAAACCGAUGUGUGUUUUUAAAACUUAACUACACCUGUGUAAAUUUAAUGUAUUGAACAAUGACCUUGAAAGUAAAAAAAAAUAGUCUUUAGUUUGAAAAACAGAAUAUGGUUAGAUGCCAAAGAGAUGGGGAUUUUGUUUUUAAGGAAUAAACACCACUGUUUAUUGAAAUACCCUAUGAAACUGUAUUUCUGGCUGAAAAAUAAAAAGGGUGAUAUAAACGCC